AUGGGUUGGCUAAUUCAAGAGGAGCAAGAUUUUUUGACAGAAAAACGGGUAGCAGCAAGAGCAAGGAUUGAGCAGGCCGGUGGAGAGUGCUUGACGUCUGACCAGUUGGCUCUCAAGGCUCCUCUCGAUCAGAACAUGGUUCUGCUAAGAGAUUGUAGCUUAGUGAUGAAGAAAGUAGAGUUCGUUUUUAUCCCUCUUCCACUCAUAGGCCACCUGGUACCAACUGUGGAGUUGGCAAAGCUUCUUGUUGAUAGAGAUGACCGCUUCUCAAUCACUCUGCUCAUCAUGAAGCUGCCUAUUGGCAAUUCUGUGGUAACCAACUUUCUUCAUUCAGUUUCUGCUUCCGUUUCUGGUUCUAUUCGAUUUGUCCAUCUUCCUGAACCCGGCUCGGAUUCAUCCAACUCCGAUCCAUCAUCGUCAUCGCGGGGUCCCUUCGUCCAUAAUCUCAUUGAAAACCAGAAGCCUCUCGUGAGGGAUGCAGUCCACCAGCUCGUUCAGUCUGGUGAGUCGGGCCGACUCGGUGGGAUUGUGGUUGAUCUGACUUGCACUUCCAUGAUAGAUGUGGCUAAUGAAUUGGGCGUUCCUUCGUAUGUAUUCUUCACCUGCAGUGCGGCCCUUCUUGCUCUCAUAUUUCAUCUUCAAACCCUGAAGGACCAUCAGGGCGUGGAUGUCACUGAGUUUGGUGACUCGGAUAUUGAGUUGGUGGUCCCAGGUUUUGUCAACUCGGUUCCUGCUCGAGUCUUGCCUGCUGCCGCGGUGGACAAGGAGGGCGGCGGAUCCACCGUGUUCCUUGACCGGCCAAGGAGGUUUAGAGAAACCAAAGGUAUUUUGGUAAACACGUUCAUAGAGUUAGAAUCCCAUGCAAUAAACUCGUUUGGGAAUGGUACAACUCCUCCGGUGUACCCGGUGGGACCCCUCUUGAACUUAAAGCAUGACCAAAAUCGUGAGUUGGAUGUCAUCCACUGGCUUGAUGAUCAACCUCCAUCUUCUGUGGUGUUUUUAUGCUUUGGUAGCCUUGGAGCAUUUAACAAAGGUCAAAUAAUGGAGAUAGCAAAUGGGCUUGAAAAUAGUGGAUUUCGUUUUGUAUGGACCCUUCGUGGACCUCCACCAAAAGAUGAUAUUGCGUCUAGUGAUUAUACAGAUUUUGAUGAAGUUCUGCCUAAAGGAUUCUUAAAUCGGACGUUUGGGGUUGGAAAGAUAAUUGGAUGGGCACCACAAACGGAUAUCUUAUCCCACCAUGCCAUAGGAGGGUUUAUAUCUCAUUGUGGAUGGAAUUCCAUAUUAGAGAGCAUAUGUGACCGUGUUUCACUCCGGUCCCCUCAUUCCCUUCCCGAACCACCCCGGACAACCUCAUCGCCGUCGGAUCUCUACCACGCCGGCAACCCUUUCCGGCGAAUUUUUCCGGCGACCUCUUUUCUGGGCACCGACCACAUAUUCCGAACCGCCGGAGGCUGA